AUGCUGCGCCGCGCACAGUCCUUUGUCAACCGGUUUCAUAUGGUUGUCGCGCAACUGCCGAAGCUCAGAGGACCUGCCUUGACACAGUCUUUCAGGAUGCAUGAAGCACUGCUUGGCGAUGCCAACCGCGAAAGGCUCAAGGCGAUCCAAUCCGCGCAGGAAAAGGUCAUAGACUUGAAUCUAGAAGAUGCCUCGACCAGACUACAGGCCACAGCUGCUCUCGAGGCACUCCGUGAUACCGGCCUCGAGCUCUUCAGUCAUCUCGAUGCUCUGCUGGCCAACCAGGCGAAAGAUGAGGAAAACCCCUCCACUGAACCUUUACUGGCCUCCAGCGCCAUCUCAGAUGAAGACACUUCGCAUGCUCGAAGCCUCAUCGGCCCUGUGGUUGAAAAGCUUCUCGACCUCUCCAACGAUGCCGCGAACAACGAGGCACAAUCCGUCGACUACACGAUCCGCUCCCUAGCAGCAGAAGUCGGCCUCGCCCUCCUCACCCUCAUCUCCCUCCUCCAACCCUCAUCAUCAAUCCCCCUCGCCCUCGACAACGCAGCGCUCAUCCAUCUCGUCCCAUACACCGACGACAACGACCCCUGGACAACCACACAAUCCGCCCGCCUCGCAACUCGCCUCCUGGAAACCAGCCUCAGCGAUGACGAUGAUGAAAAACGGGAUACCUUCAUCAUCCAGACCCUCCUCAACGACACCCUCCGCCCCCAGUUCGCCAAGUCGUCGUCGUCCACCAGACUGGCUCCCUCCGGCCGGCCCCUGCAAGUCCCUCACCAGCCGAGCGGCAGACAGCCCGGCGCACAGCUCGACUCCCUCGCUCAAGAACACGAAAAGCUCCAUGCCGCAUCGAGCUUCAAAUGGGCCGUCACAUCAUGCAGCCAAGCCGCAAUAGCCCGCCACUGGCCUCUCUUCCUCCCCAUCCUCCUCUCCCUAGCCGAAGACAUCAGCACAGCAGUGAGAGCCAAAGGCCUCAAGAUUCUCCUCCUCUUCCUCGACAAAUGCCCCCCCAACACAAUCCUCUCCGCCGGCGUCGACAACGUCAUCCAAGACGCCGUCUUCCCUACGCUGCUCUUCCUGCCCGACACGACGCCCGAGAGCGAAUCCUUACAGCUCCUGUAUCCCGCAUACCAGGUCCUCCUUCGCGUAGCCCAGCUAGAUCCAAACCCAAAGAGCGCGAAAAGGCGGAAAGCACUCGACAGGAUCCUGCGGGACGGCGUCUUCACGGGCCACUUUCACGCCUCACAGCACGUUCGCAUCGUUGAAGUCCUCAUGAUCGUCAUCAAGGACAUUGUCUCCUGCAUGGGCCUUUUCUCUGCAAAGUACCUCCAGUUGAAGCGCUGA